ACAUAAUUGGGUAUUUCUUAUAAUAAAUAGUGUUAUGUAAUCUAAGUGAAUAUGUGAUUAUUGUAAUUUGAUUAUUGUAAUUAACAUCCAUUAUCAAGAUGGACAUCAUUUACAGUUGGUGUAUUAUCUGGUGUUUAUUAAAUCUCAUUUUAAAUGGGAAAAUUGGUCAAGCGCAAGAAGACAGUUCCACAGAAGAUCCUAUUACUGAUCCUCCCACUUUCGAUAAUACAACAAUGACCAGUACAACAAGUGAUUUCACCAAUAAACCAGAAGAGGAAAACUCUACCACAGAUGACACUAAUUAUACUACAAUCCCCAGUUAUUCUAGUACUGACAUAAUCACAAACGAUGCUACAAAUUUAAAAUGUCAACGAAUAUUCUACAUGAUAAUUGGAUUGAUCAGUCUAAUGGCAAUCAAUUAACGAAAAAAAGCAUUCAUUCUCUGUAAUCAAUGUAUAACCAGUUUCAUGUAUUUCAUAAAACAAUUCAUUAAACUAUUAACCGUAAACUGUUAGUAACAGUAAUUGAAUAGUUACCUUUCUUCCCUUUUCUUGUAAUAUGAACAAUUUAUUGAUUUCAAUCAGAGUAAUUCGUUACCAAAUUUGAAUGAUGAUGUAUAUUGAAAAAAAAUUUUUUUUCAAAAUUAUAAUAAAUAUCAUACAAUAAAAAUGAA